AUGGACGUACGCAACAAUAGUUCACAACCGCCCACGGUUUACGAUGGCUAUCCACGGGUGGCUGACGAUGAUUUGAAUGUGAAUACCGAACAAGGACAAAAGCUACGAGUCGCGACACAGGCUGCAGAUGCAGUUCUCGUGCCUCCGCUGCGACAGAAAAGAUACGUCUUUUUGUUCAUCCCCAGAGGCAAAAACGGAGAACUAAGUGAGGGAGCAAAGCAGUGUCAACAGUGA